AUGACUCGAGUCCCAGAGCUCAAGAGCUAUGGCUCCUCUCUCUUCGACGAGUCCGCUUGUCGCGUGUUGCGAUUUCGGGUUCCGCCGCAGGUCCACUCGAACCAUCUCUCGGAGGUCGUCUUCGAAAAUGCUAUGAGGAAGCUCAACCUCCCCCGAGAGGCACUCGUCAUUAUGACCAAGGCAAGCAAGUCGACAAUCACGGCCAUGCCCGACUAUGGCACGAACACGGUCUUCAACCCCGUGGCAGCGGAGAGCAUCAUCAACCGGAAGGCGCUAAACGGUGAGCAUAUCUUCGACUUUGUGGAAGCGAGCUCGACGCACCUGCAGCCCGAGUAUAUCGACGUCCUCCAGUGUCACCGGCUGAAGAGACGGUAA